GCGGGGAGCCUUGGUUGAGGCGACCGUGGCUGUUAGGCACCCUCGACUGGCGGCGGUGGCGGCUCCUGGUGCGGCGGGGCGCUCGGCCAGCUUUCUAGGUCGGAACGGAACGCUCCGCUUCGCGGGCCCCGCCCGGAAAGUUUGCAGUGGAGCCGCGACCUCCUGGCCGGCGCGGCCCAGCAUGAAGCGGCGCUGAGGAGCCGCCGCGGCCGCCUGAGGAGGAGCCGCAGCACCCGGGGCCACGCCGAUGACUACUGCAAACUGUGGCGCCCACGACGAGCUCGACUUCAAACUCGUCUUUGGCGAGGACGGGGCACCAGCGCCGGUGUCCCAGGUCUCGCGGCCUGCAGACCUUGAACCUGAUGAUUGUGCGUCCAUUUACAUCUUUAAUGUAGAUCCACCUCCAUCUACCUUAAACUCAUCACUUGGCUUACCACAUCAUGGACUGCUACAAUCUCACUCUUCUGUUUUGUCACCAUCGUUUCAGCUCCAAGGUCACAAAAAUUAUGAAGGAACUGGUGAUGUUUCUGAAUCUAAAUAUAGCCCAUUAGGUGGUUCCAAACCCUUUGAGUGCCCAAGUAUUCAAAUUACAUCCAUCUCUCCUAACUGUCAUCAAGGAACUGAUGUACAUGAAGAUGACCUACAGAUAAAUGACCCAGAAAGGGAAUAUUUGGAAAGACCUUCUAGAGAUCAUCUCUAUCUUCCACUUGAACCAUCCUACCGAGAGUCUUCCUUUAGUCCUAGUCCUGCCAGCAGCAUUUCUUCUAGGAGCUGGUUCUCAGAUGCAUCUUCUUGUGAAUCUCUCUCACACAUUUAUGAUGAUGUGGACUCAGAGUUGAAUGAAGCUGCUGCUCGAUUUACUCUUGGCUCACCACUGACUUCUCCAGGUGGCUCUCCAGGAGGCUGUCCAGGAGAAGACUCCUGGCAGCAGCAGUAUGGACCUGGACACUCCUUGUCACCUAGGCAAUCUCCUUGCCACUCUCCUAGAUCCAGUAUCACUGAUGAGAAUUGGCUGAGUCCCAGACCAGCCUCAGGACCCUCAUCAAGGCCCACUUCUCCUUGUGGUAAACGACGGCACUCCAGUGCUGAAGUAUGCUAUGCUGGCUCCCUUUCACCCCAUCACUCACCUGUUCCAUCCCCUGGCCACUCCCCUAGGGGAAGUAUAACAGAAGAUACCUGGCUUACUGCUUCUGUCCACACUGGAUCAGGCAUUGGCUCUGCACCUUUCCCAUUUCAGUACUGUGUAGAGACUGAUAUCCCUUUGAAAACAAGGAAGACUUCUGAAGAUCAGGCUACCAUACUAUCAGGAAAAUUAGAGGUCUGUUCAGAUGAUCAAGGGAGUUUAUCACCAUCCCGGGAGACUUCAGUAGAUGAUGGCCUUGGAUCUCCGUAUCCUGUAAAGAAAGAUUCAUCUGGUGACCAAUUUCUUUCAGUUCCUUCACCUUUUACCUGGAGCAAACCAAAGCCUGGCCACACCCCUAUAUUUCGCACAUCUUCGUUACCUCCGUUAGACUGGCCUUUACCAACUCACUUUGGACAAUGUGAAUUGAAAAUAGAAAUACAACCUAAAACCCAUCAUCGAGCCCAUUAUGAAACUGAAGGCAGCCGAGGGGCAGUGAAAGCCUCUACUGGUGGCCAUCCUGUUGUUAAGCUCCUGGGCUAUAGUGAAAAGCCAAUAAAUCUACAGAUGUUUAUUGGAACAGCCGAUGAUCGGUAUUUACGACCUCAUGCAUUUUACCAGGUGCAUCGUAUUACUGGAAAGACAGUUGCUACUGCAAGUCAAGAGAUAAUAAUUGCCAGCACAAAAGUUCUGGAAAUUCCACUUCUACCUGAAAAUAAUAUGUCAGCCAGUAUUGACUGUGCAGGUAUUUUGAAACUCCGAAAUUCAGAUAUAGAACUUCGAAAAGGAGAAACUGAUAUUGGCAGAAAGAAUACUAGAGUACGACUUGUAUUUCGUGUGCACAUCCCACAGCCCAGUGGAAAAGUUCUUUCUCUGCAGAUAGCAUCUAUUCCUAUUGAGUGCUCUCAGCGAUCUGCUCAAGAGCUCCCUCAUAUUGAGAAGUACAGUAUCAACAGUUGCUCUGUCAAUGGAGGCCAUGAAAUGAUUGUGACUGGAUCUAAUUUUCUCCCAGAAUCCAAAAUAAUUUUUCUUGAGAAAGGACAAGAUGGAAGACCUCAUUGGGAGGCUGAAGGAAAAAUAAUCAGGGAAAAAUGUCAAGGGGCUCACAUUGUCCUUGAAGUUCCUCCCUAUCAUAACCCAGCAGUUACAGCUGCAGUGCAGGUGCACUUUUAUCUUUGCAAUGGCAAGAGGAAAAAAAGCCAGUCUCAACGUUUUACUUACACACCAGUUUUGAUGAAGCAAGAACAGAGAGAAGAUACUGACUUGUCUUCAGUUCCAUCCUUACCUGUGGCUCAUUCUGCCCAGACCCAGAGGCCUUCCUCAGUUACAGGGCACCCACAUGACAGUGUGUUGUCAGCAUCGAGAAGCUUGAUUUGUCCAGUCCAGCCAGCAUAUGCAUCUAUGAUAACCUCAUCCCAUUUGCCACAGUUGCAGUGUGGGGAUGAGGGUGCUGGUAAAGAACACAUGAUACCAUCUUCAGUCAUGCACCAGCCUUUUCAAGUUACAUCCACAUCUCCUAUGGGGUCUUCCUAUCAGUCUGUACAAACUAAUGUGUAUAAUGGACCAACUUGUCUUCCCAUGAAUCCUGCUUCUAGCCAAGAGUUUGAUCCAGUUUUAUUUCAGCAGGAUGCAGCUCUUUCUAGUUUAGUAAACCUUGGCUGUCAACCACUAUCACCAAUACCAUUUCAUUCUUCAACUUCAGAUGCAACAGGACAUCUCUUAGCACAUUCACCUCAUUCUGUGCAAACCCCACCUCAUCUACAGUCAAUGGGAUACCAUUGUUCAAACACAGGACAAAGAUCUCUUUCUUCUCCUGUGGCAGACCAGGUCACAGGUCAGCCUUCUUCUCAUUUACAACCUAUUACAUACUGUCCAUCACAUCCAGGACCUGCUACAGUAGCUUCCCCAGCAGCCUCUCAUCCCCUGGCUAGUUCACCGAUUUCUGGGCCAUCAUCCUCUCAGCUGCAGUCUAUGCCUUAUCAAUCUCCUAGCUCAGGAACUGCCUCAUCACCAUCUCCAGCUACCAGAGUGCAUUCUGAACAGCACUCAACUCAAGCACAGAGUACAGGCCAAGAAGGUCUUUCUGCACUUUCAACCUUAGUAUGUCACAGUUUGUGUGACCCAGCAUCAUUUCCAUCUGGUGGGGCAGCUGUGAGCAUUAAACCUGAACCUGAAGAUCAGGAACCUAACUUUGCAACCAUUGGUCUACAGGAUAUCACUUUAGAUGAUGUGAACGAGAUAAUUGGGAGAGACAUGUCCCAAAUUUCUGUUUCCCAAGGCCCAGAGGUGAGCAGAGAGGCUCCUCUCCAUCCCAACUCUGAUGGGCUCUAACAGUGCUCACUACUUGCUUCUCUUGGAUCUUGGGUUUCCAGCCACUUCAGAACCUGUUCCAAGAGUUGGACUCACUGUGGGAAAAGCAGCAUUCCUCCACCUCAAGCCUUGGGCAGAUUUUUAUGAAAGAACAGGAACGGCAUAGGUUGUUUAAGCUGUUGGGAAAUGAGCAUUGCUUUUUACAUAUAUAUGAUACUUUUAUAUGAUGGGUGCUUUGAGUGUGAAUGCAGCAGGCUCUCUAUUUCAGAGGUGCUGCUCUUGCAGGUGACCUGGUUGCAUAUAGCUAGGAUUAGUAAUUUGUACUGCUUUCUGGUCAUUUGAAGAGCCCUUUAGUCUUGAUAUUUUUAAGAUACAAUUUUGAUAAAGCCUUCCAGAGGUAGACAAAAAAAUUAUCCUAAGCCUACACUUAGACCUCAGAAACAUAGCAUGCAUCCUGAAGCCUUUCAUAGAUUCAUAGGAAAUAAAGCCAAAUGUAGCUCAUACUCUUUAUAAAAAGUACAAUGUUAGAUAAAUCAAGAAGAGACCAUUCCAUCAUUGAAGUGUUGGAAUAUGAAUACAUUCCAAAGCAUAGUCUUUUUUGUAACUUUAGUCAUCAAGCAGUCUCUCCACUAGCUCCAUGUUCAAGCUGUUUUCUUCCUUCAGGUAAAGGGUAAAAUAAAAUGGUCAUUUGUAAGAUGAAUUUCAAAAGUAGGGUUUUAGCUUGGGUAGUUGUUUUCUCAAAUGGGAGCAUCUGCCUCAAGUCUUGUCUUUGAAGCCAGUCUCCUGAUAGUUUAGCCUUUGCAGUUUUAACUCCUGGAGUCAGGCCAGCAGUGUCUGGAGAGUAUGAGGUGUGUACUAGGAGGGCCAGAGAAAAUACAGGACUCAAGAUGAGAAGACUUUAGGUUCACAAUGGCAUGGAAGGCUUAUCUCCUGUUUACAGUUGCAAUGAUUCUGUCCCAUAGUGUCUUGACUAUAUGACCUAAAAACUGGCCUUUUCUCCAAAAGGCUUUGAGGCACAUCCAAAAAUGAGGUGGUGUCAUAGACUGUCCUUCCACACCAAAGACACCCUGGUGCUGCUGCUGGUGAGGCUUAUGUCCAAGGCAGGGGUCAGCAGAAACUCCAGCCUGCUGCCUACCAAAGGAGGUGCCCUAGUUGGGUACUAUUCCCAAACCCUGCCUUUACCCUUCCCUUUUACAGUCCCUGAAUUUUACAGUAUGUUUUCAAAUGACAUAAUAUACUUUCACUUACUCAGGAAGCAAGUUGAGUGCCUACAAGUGAGACACUGCUGUACUGGCUUAAAACAUGGGCUGUCUAGAGGAUUGUGACAUUUAAUGGUAGGGUCUGGUAUAUUGCCUACCAAUUCUAGUGAGCAGGGUAAGAGGUACUGAUUCAGGAUAAGAGAAAUAUGUUUGUUUUUAACAUGACCUUUUAAAUUUCUCCCCUCAAACUAGUUAGGAAACAGUCUAUCAGCAAAUUGCUCUGGCCAGUCUUGGAGCUGGAUAUUUUCCAAAUUUCUCUGAAAGUGGGUUUUGUAUCAAUGAGUGUGGAUAUUGAGAUUUGCUUUAGGGCCCAUGGUUGGUAGCCCACAGCUUCAUCUACAGGGCAUUGGCCUUUCAGGUGAACUUGUAGAGACUUGGCCACAUUUGCUUCUACCCUCUUUCCCCUAGGGCAGCUGCCUCAUGUGGGGUCAUUGCAAGACCCCUUGGGGGUGCUGCUUUGCUGCCUUCAAGAAUAAAAGCCUCUAUGAUCCAGAGUUGCUAUGCACCAAAAUUUGAUGCCUUUUUGAAUACCUUGAUGCCUGUAGCAUUAGAAAUGCUUUCCUAUUUAAAACAUUUUAGAUUUUAAAAUAGAGCUUUGUAUUCUAUGUAACAGUUUUGUAUUAGCUUUGUAUAAGCUUUCAUGUAAGAGUCAUAUUUUUUGGCUUUGUAGAUAAAGAUUUAAAUUUUUGUGCAAAAUAGUAAUGGUAAAGCACACAUCCAUUGGACUAUGCAAAUUGAUUUCUAGUAGCAGCACUGAGCAACUGGGCAUUUACUAGCACAUACCCUUUUCUCACACCUGUACUAGACCUUGGGUUGAGGAAUGAAGGAGCGGCCUUCUGUUUACUAGAGACAAGAGAAACAUGGCUGAAAACAUUAAAACGGGAUGUUUGGGUUCACAUGUGGUGCUGCUGCCCUGGCUACAACCCAUCACCACCCAGGACCAGCCAGUAUCACCAGACCUCUGCUGGCUGAACUGAGAGGCCCAGUUUUUAAUAUGUACAACACAUAUUCAAGGCUCAGAUGGGCCCAAGUCGAAACCAUGUGUUUUAUAGAAUGGAUGUCUAGGUGAAGAAAUUGGUUCUCAGCUAUGUUUACAGCACUUGGAAUUGUGUUUUCUUGUACAUUUUAUAUUUUAAAAUCUUUUAUAGGAGUGCAGUGCUCCUUACGACAAAUACAAAGGGAAGAUGAGCCAGCAGUUCAGGCUCCUCCUCAGUUACAGUGCUGAAAUAAUAAACAGUGACAGAUUAACAGUA